AUGAGUUAAACUGAUCUAGUGCUUCUGGUGUUGGCUUCGCUGAACUUGGUCUUUUCAAUAGUAUCCUUACUUAUUUCAAACAUUUAUUUCGUAAAUUUUGAAUUCAACGAGAUAUAAUUGAGAAAACAUUUCACAUACAACAAUUGUAUAGCAUAACUGCUUAUUAUUCCUAUGGCAAUUUUAAAUCAAAGUUAAGAUUAAUUUAUGAAUAUAAUUAGCAGAAUUAUUCAUGGAAUAAUCAUUUUAAUUUUGGUUUAUGAAGCAUAUUUUUAAUUGCCUUUUGGGUAUAAAUUUAAUUAUUAAUUAAUGUAGAUUUUCUAAAUAUUCAAUCAUUUACAAUAGAAUAUUAAUCAUGCAUGUUUUAAUAUUCAUUUUUACAACAAUAAUGUACUAAAAAUCAGAAUAUCGAUAUAGUCUCUCAACACUACUGCUUGUCACUUAACCAAUACUAUAAUACCUUUUUUAAGUUUUAAUGUAAGAUAAAAGAUUAAAAACAUAUCAUAACACUAUAAAUUAAUAUUAGGAAUUAUUGAUUAUAGAAGAUUUCUUUGAAAUAAUUUAAGCAACAUAGAAGAGUAAAAAGAGAACAAUAGAAUUGAUUUAAAAAUUUAGUUUACAUUUGAAUAGAUGUUAAUCUAUUAAAUGUUAAUGCCGUAAGUUUGGUGCUAGUGGGAUAUUAAGAUGGGAUGAUGCAGUUAUUUUAAUAUCAUGCUUAUUUAGAAUAGGAUUUGAAAAACAUAGAAGUGAUACUAAAAAUCUAGAAAUUUAUAGUCUAAAAUUCUUGACAUUUAUUGAUAAAUAUCGAAAUAAUGCUCCUAAAAGUUAUUAAGAGUUAAAGAUUUUAUUUUAGAAGAAAAAAGAUUAUUCAUUUUAUUUUAUAUAAAUGUGUCUAUUGUUAUAAUUUCUUUUGUAAGCAUAAAUGCAAAAGGAUGAAAAUUAUAAUAUAAAUAAAGAUACAAGAGUAUCUAAUGUGAAAUUAUAAGUGAGUAAAAGUGAAAGAAGCAUUGUUUAAACAUUAUAUUAAAUGGAACAAAUAAAAUCAAAUAUACUUCCUUUAUUGAUAUAAUUGAGCAAUUUUAAGAUAUAAUUUUGGAAAGGUUAUUUAGCAGGUAAAUAUAUAAAUUUUUCAGAUAUUGAACAAUAAGUAUAAAAGUUGUAAUAACUAAAAAAUUAAAUUUUAGAUUAAUUAAAGAUUUAUCACCCAAUAUUUUAUACAAAUGGAAGAACUUUUAAUGUUUAAUUUUUAAAGUAUAGUGCUUUAAUUGAUUUAUUGUUGUUUAAUAAUGUAAGAAAAUAUUUUGAAUUAGAAAAGGGUAAGAAAUAUAUAAUAUUUGUUAGAGAGAAGAGAGAUUUUGUAAUAAGAAAAAAGUAUGAAUACAUUUGAGAUUACAAAUAUUAAUUUUUUUAAAGGAGAAGCAAUAUCUGUAAAAGUGUGUAUAGCCUCAGGACCAAAUAUAGGAAAAGUAUUAAAUGAAGUAAUUUCACCUUUGAUACCAAAAUUUUUUGGAUUUGGACAUUUUGAUAAUCCAAUGGAGGCAUUUUUAGAUUUUACAAAGGGAAACAUUAAUACAUUAAUGCCUAGUUGGUUAUCACCAGUUCAUGAUGAAAUAAUGUAAAAUUAUAUAAGAAGAGGAGGAACAGCAAGAAUAGGUAAGUACUUUUAAACAUUUGCAAAGAUAUAUGAUAAGACAUUAAUUAGAUGCUAAGUUUAUCUUGCUCAUAAUUUCAGUAAGAAUUUAAGAGAUGACUUUACUAUGAUAGGAUGUCUUAAAUCUUUGGAAGAGUAACAACCAAAAGUAUCAGGAGAAGAAGCUAAAAAAUUAAAGAAUGUUGUAUUUAAAGGAGUGUAACAUAUUUUAUUUGAUGUAAAUGGAAAUAUUUUAGGCGUAACAUAAGGUUUAUUUAAAAUGAUAGAUAGAUUGUAGAGAUUAAGAUCAAAUCAGAAUUUAUCAUCACUUAAAUAGUAAAGUGUUGAAAAAAGCAAAUCUGAUGUAUCCUCAUUAGAAAGUGAAAGUUUUGAUGUUUAUUAACAAUAAUGGUCAAAUUCAAUUUUAACAAUUGAUGAUUUUUAUAAUAAAGUAUUAAUAUGGAUGAUAUUACCAUUUAUUUGUAAAGAAAUAGAAUAAACAGGAAUAGAAUAUUUAAUGGAUGGGGAAACACCUCCAAAAAAUAGAUAUCCUAAUUUAAUUGAUCUAGAAAAUAGUAAUAGUGUAGUUUCUAAUAAAGAGACAUAUUUAUUUGUUCCAGAAGAUUUACAUUUAUUUGUAUAAUAAUAUGAAAAAGCUUUAUCAAAAAUUAUAGAUGAUACUCGUGUUCAAUCUAAUAAUUUUUCAAGUGGUAGUCAGUAUAAGGGAUAAAAAUAUGAUUAAGAAAGUGAUUCUAUAAGUAUUCAAUAAGCAGUUACUAUUUUUAAUGAGAAGUUAUGUGCAUUUUUUUAUGAUGAACAUUUAAAGCGACAUUAAGCAUUAUAAUUUGGAACAACUAGAUAAUCAGAAAUGUAAAAGACUUCAGUAAAACCACAAUCUUAAACUUAAGUCUCUAUUCCAAGUGAAUAAGAUAGUGAUUAAUUAAAAACAAGAGCUGAAAAAGUUUAUUAGGAUAAAUAUACAAAAUAUAUUGAAAAAAUUACACCAUAAGAUUUCAAUCCUGUUCCUGUUUUUUAUUCAGUUAAUUAUGAAGAAUAUAGAUAUAAGAAAAAUGAUAUCGACUUAAAAUAAUAAAUGUUUUUAAUUGAAUUGAAUGUAAAUGAAUAAUAACUACUUACAACUAUGGGAUAUAAAAGAUAGGUUAGAGAUACAAUUAAAUAAACAUUUUAAAAUUUUUAAUCUAAAAGAUAAUUAUUAGAAUAACAAUUAUAAACAGAAGAUGAUUCGAUGAGUGUUUAAGGAAAUAUUAGUGAAUAGAAAAGUUAUCAUGAUAUUGAAGUUAAUAAUUAUCUAUUUCCAUCACAUCCUUCUCAUUAUCUUGAAGAUAUUUAUAUGGAUUCUUAAAAAUUAGAUUAAAUUUCUAGUCCUUUUAAAUAAAUUGAUAAUGUUCAAUUAUUAUCAAGUAGAAGUGAUGAAGUGGAAAUACAAUAAAAACUCACUAUAAAUUCAUAAGAAUCUUAAAUAAGAUGUUCAGAUAAGGAAUUAGCUAAAAUGAAUUCCAAAGCUUUUAUUAAGAAAAAAUAAUAAGAUUUCUUUAAUGAAAAUGAUAGUAAAUUAGCUAUGGAUAGUAGAGCAUCAUAACAAUAAAUUUAAGAGGAAUAUUAAGUUAAAUAUUCAGAAAAUCUUAAAUUAUUUGAUUCUAAUUAUAAAUAGACUUUAUCAAAAAUAGAAGAAUUUAUAAAUCCUACUACUUUUAAAAUAUAAAAAUAUCUACUUUAUAUCGUAUUAUUUUUAAUUGUUGGUUAUAUCAUUUUGUUAACAAUAGCUGUUUACUAAAAGUAUAAUUUUAGUGAUUGUCUAAAUUUGAUUGAUUUAAUGUUAUCUACUUAAAAAGCAUAUUCUUAAAUUACAUAAGGGCUUUAUCGAUUAAAAUUAGAAUCUGAAUUUGAAAUGAAUCAAAAACUAAGAGAGUUUUACUUAGCUUAAAUUGAAAUAAGUUUGUAAAGUUUAAUUAAUUUAUAAAGUCAUUAAUAAUUUGAAAUCAAUUAAGUUUAAUUUAGUGUAAAUAAAUUUUAUGAUGUAGAAUAUAAAUUAAAUUUAAAACCAACAUUAUAGGAGACUAUCUAAAUGAGUUUAGCUUAAUUUUACAGAAUUAGAAAUAGUUCUUUAUAAAAUGAAAUAAUAACUAACAUUUCUGUAGCUAAUUUAUAAGAAAUAGGCUAAUUACCAAAUUUAGCUUUUGAUUAUUGUUAUGAUGAUAAAAUAGAAAAUGAAGAAUAUAUUUAGUAAUUAUUAACUAUUUAUAUGGUGAUAAUAUUCUUUUUGGUUAUGUUAUUACAAUUUCUUUAGAUUCCUUUGAUCUCAAGAUUAGGUAAUGACCAUCGAAGAUUAUAUAAAGUGGUCAUGAAAUUGUAAAUAUGUGAAGUUUAGGAUGAAAUAGAAACAUAUGAAUAAGUAUAAUCAAUUUUUAAAAAAUCUUUGUAUGAGUGGAUGUUAAUUGAUUUUGUUUCUGAAACAAGAAUGUUUGAAAGUAGUGCAGAUAAUAUGUAAUUUCAUAAUCAAUAAUUAACUGAUCAAAGUUAAAAUUAAUUGUUAAAUACAAAUAAUAAGAAAAACAAAUAUAAAUUAUAUGAAAAGUUGAAGAAAUAAUAGAUAAAUUAAACAAAAUAUAUAAUUAUUUUAUUAGUUGGAUUAUUUGUAAUUUUGGCUUAUUUUUUAACAAUUUUCUUUGUGAUAUUCAUACUUUCAUAAUAGCUAUUGACAAACAUAGAUUUGUUAUUUAAUUUUAAGUUAUCUUAAUCUUCUUUUAUGAAUAUAAUAAGUAACAUGGAUUUAAUAACAUAUGAGACAUAUAAUUCGAAUACAUUUAUAAAUAUAAUGAGUUAAGAGUAAUAUAUUAAUUAUUCUAAAGAAUUAAGAAGUGAUAAAUAAGAUUAAUAUAUAGAAUUUAAUAAUAAUUUUAUAUCAAUAAUAAGUGAUGAAGAAUUAAAGUUAAAUUUGGAGACAUUAAAUGAAGACAAUAUUUGUUAAGCCAAUAUAGGAAUUUAAUGCAAUGAAACUUAAACUUAUAUUCAUAAUCCAUAGAGUUUAUAAUACUAUGAACAUGGAAUGAAAUAUUUGAUAACUUAAAUAAAGAAGAUAAUUGAAUCUUAUCCUUAGUUCUUUUAAAAUGAUAAUGGUAAUAACUCUAAAGAGAAUUUGAAUGACUUUCUGGAAAGUUUAGAACAUAUCCUUUACAUAGAUUAUGGAAGUGAUAUUUUAAUUUAGGCAUAUGAUAAAGUAGUAAGUACUGCAUAAUUAUAAUUUAAUAAGUCAUUGUCAAUAUAUAAAGAAACCUUGAUGAUAUUUAUUUUAAGUGUAGGAGUAUUGGGAUUAUCAAUAAUAUGGAUUUUAGGUCGAUUAUUAUUGAAAAUGUAAAUAGAUUCAAUAAAUACAUGUUAAACAUCAUUGUUAUUGAUAUCACCAAAAAGAUACUUGAAUUAAAAUAUAAUUCAGAUUGCAUAAAAGAAAAGAUGA